AUGGUACAAAAUGUUAUAUCAAGUAUGCAAAGUAUUCCUGGCACCAAAGGUUCUGAAAUAAAAAAUAAAAUGCUACAGCUUCAGCAAAAAAAUAAAGGAUUUAAAUUAAUGAUACAAAUUGUAAAAGUUUUAACUGGGGACAACAACGUGACACUUCCUCAAGAUGUAUCUCCUAGUAUAGCUACAGACCUGAAAAAUGCUCCUACAACGUCUGUCGAUGUUGAGAGACCAUUCAGCGUAGGUAUAUAA